AUGAAUCCACGACAUUCCCUCUUCUCACAUCACCAUCGCUCACAAUCUCCUUCUCCAUUCACAACAACGUCGGUCGUCACACAAUAUUGCCGAUUACUGCUCAGUCGCUCUCUCGUUCUGUCGCUCGGUGCGAAUCUAGGUGACAACAAUGAAGAAGAAGCAAAGGAGGAUUCUAAUGAUGGUGGUGCGAAUCUAGGUGACAACAAUGAAGAAGAAGCAAAGGAGGAUUCUAAUGAUGGUGGUGCGAAUCUAGGUGACAACAAUGAAGAAGAAGCAAAGGAGGAUUCUAAUGAUGGUGGUGCGAAUCUAGGUGACAACAAUGAAGAAGAAGCAAAGGAGGAUUCUAAUGAUGGUGGUGCGAAUCUAGGUGACAACAAUGAAGAAGAAGCAAAGGAGGAUUCUAAUGAUGGUGGUGCGAAUCUAGGUGACAACAAUGAAGAAGAAGCAAAGGAGGAUUCUAAUGAUGGUGGUGCGAAUCUAGGUGACAACAAUGAAGAAGAAGCAAAGGAGGAUUCUAAUGAUGGUGGUGCGAAUCUAGGUGACAACAAUGAAGAAGAAGCAAAGGAGGAUUCUAAUGAUGGUGGUGCGAAUCUAGGUGACAACAAUGAAGAAGAAGAAAAGGAGGAUUCUAAUGAUGGUGGUGCGAAUCUAGGUGACAACAAUGAAGAAGAAGAAAAGGAGGAUUCUAAUGAUGGUGGUGCGAAUCUAGGUGACAACAAUGAAGAAGAAGAAAAGGAGGAUUCUAAUGAUGGUGGUGCGAAUCUAGGUGACAACAAUGAAGAAGAAGAAAAGGAGGAUUCUAAUGAUGGUGGUGCGAAUCUAGGUGACAACAAUGAAGAAGAAGAAAAGGAGGAUUCUAAUGAUGGUGGUGCGAAUCUAGGUGACAACAAUGAAGAAGAAGAAAAGGAGGAUUCUAAUGAUGGUGGUGCGAAUCUAGGUGACAACAAUGAAGAAGAAGCAAAUGAGGAUUCUAAUGAUGGUGGUGCGAAUCUAGGUGACAACAAUGAAGAAGAAGAAAAGGAGGAUUCUAAUGAUGGUGGUGCGAAUCUAGGUGACAACAAUGAAGAAGAAGAAAAGGAGGAUUCUAAUGAUGGUGGUGCGAAUCUAGGUGACAACAAUGAAGAAGAAGAAAAGGAGGAUUCUAAUGAUGGUGGUGCGAAUCUAGGUGACAACAAUGAAGAAGAAGAAAAGGAGGAUUCUAAUGAUGGUGGUGCGAAUCUAGGUGACAACAAUGAAGAAGAAGAAAAGGAGGAUUCUAAUGAUGGUGGUGCGAAUCUAGGUGACAACAAUGAAGAAGAAGAAAAGGAGGAUUCUAAUGAUGGUGGUGCGAAUCUAGGUGACAACAAUGAAGAAGAAGAAAAGGAGGAUUCUAAUGAUGGUGGUGCGAAUCUAGGUGACAACAAUGAAGAAGAAGAAAAGGAGGAUUCUAAUGAUGGUGGUGCGAAUCUAGGUGACAACAAUGAAGAAGAAGAAAAGGAGGAUUCUAAUGAUGGUGGUGCGAAUCUAGGUGACAACAAUGAAGAAGAAGAAAAGGAGGAUUCUAAUGAUGGUGGUGCGAAUCUAGGUGACAACAAUGAAGAAGAAGAAAAGGAGGAUUCUAAUGAUGGUGGUAAGUGUCUCAUAAAUCAUUUGCAUCAAUGUAUAUUCAUAUUGUUUUGA